AUGUUAUCACUCAUCUGGACGGUCUUCUUCGUCCAUGUCGCGAUUUUCCUGAUCAACACCAUCGGAGCCGCUACGAUCGACAACCUGCUCUGGCAGCUCUACCUCAAAAUCCCGACGACCACCUCGAAAAAUGCCCGGGAACAGAGCCGGCUCAAGCGCGAGGCGGUGCAGCUGAAGCGCGAGAUGAACAACACGAGCUCGCAGGACGAAUUCGCCAAGUGGGCGAAGAUCCGCCGACGACACGACAAGACGAUGGAGGAAUACGAAGCGUUGAACAAGCAACUCGUCUCGCAAAAGACCUCCUUCGACUGGAGCGUCAAAACCGCCCGCUGGCUCAGCACGAACGGACUCAAGAUCUUCCUCCAAUUCUGGUAUUCCAAGACGCCUGUGUUUGCGCUGCCACAGGCUUGGUUCCCCUACGUUGUGGAGUGGGUUCUGUCGUUCCCGCGGGCGCCGCUCGGGUCGGUCAGUAUCCAGGUUUGGAGCAAUGUGUGCGCGACGGUGAUUUCGGCGGUGGCGGAGGUUGCUACGAGUGUGGUUUUGCAGGGGGGAGGGGUGGCAGGGCCGGCGCAGGGUGCGGCUAAGGCGCAGAAAUCGCAAUGA